CCCUCACCUCCUCAAGUCACAAACAAAACAUUACACAUUUCCAUCACGAUGCAAAAGAGUUCUUCAGCUUCUUCUCUUGGCCCUGGAGGCCUUGACCUAUCUCAAGCCUUCUUCAAAUCCGUACACAACUCUGCCCCACCUUCACCCACCAAGCGUCACAUCAAGGUCUCUGUCGUUGGCACCGGAAAUGUGGGUAUGGCUAUUGCCCAAACCAUUCUCACUCAAGACCUCGUCGACGAGCUCGCUCUCGUCGAUGCCAAUCCCGAUAAACUCCGUGGCGAGAUGCUCGAUCUCCAACACGCCGCAGCUUUCCUUCCCCGUACCAAAAUCCACGCCUCCGUUGAUUACUCUGUCACCGUUGGAUCUGAUCUCUGUAUUGUCACGGCUGGCGCCAGACAGAUAGCUGGCGAGUCUAGGCUAAAUCUUUUGCAGAGAAACUUGGCUCUGUUUAAGGAUAUUAUUCCUCCGCUUGUUAAGUACUCCCCUGACUCUAUUUUAAUGAUCGUGUCUAACCCUGUUGAUGUGUUGACUUAUGUUGCCUGGAAGCUAUCCGGGUUCCCUUCGAAUAGGGUUAUCGGGUCGGGGACGAAUCUGGACUCCUCCAGGUUUAGGUUCUUGAUUGCAGAUCAUCUCGACGUCAACGCUCAGGAUGUUCAGGCUUUCAUUGUUGGGGAGCACGGUGACAGCUCAGUGGCAUUGUGGUCUAGCAUAAGUGUUGGUGGAGUGCCAAUACUGAGUUUCCUGGAGAAACAGCAAAUAGCAUAUGAGAAGGAAACGCUGGAGAACAUACACAAAGAAGUAGUAGGGAGUGCGUAUGAAGUGAUAAGUCUGAAAGGUUACACAUCUUGGGCCAUUGGGUAUUCAGCUGCCAACUUGGCACGAUCCAUCCUCAGAGAUCAGAGAAAGAUCCAUCCAGUUUCAGUCCUUGCUAAAGGAUUCUAUGGCAUUACUGGAGGGGAUGUGUUCUUGAGUUUACCAGCUCAGCUUGGUCGAGGUGGUGUCUUGGGUGUCACUAAUAUUCAUUUGACUGAGGUGGAGGCUCAGCGCCUUAGGGACUCCGCCAAAACCAUCUUGGAGGUGCAAACCCAAUUAGGAAUUUGAGAGCACAACAAUGAACAUCAUUUGGUCGUUCUUUUGCAUUUUAUCCGAGCUUUUUCAAUUUGUAAGGGUCUAUCCAGUUUCUUUCAGUGACACUUAUUCGAUCUGUAACUGUAAGGGACUUAAAUUGCUCGGCCGUAUGAUACAGUUUCAGUUGCUGUUGUAAUAUUUAUACUAAUAAACGUAAUAUUUAAAUA